AUGAGUUUCGGUACAGAGCAACCGGCCCAGGCCCGGGAGCGGCUGGACAUGGCCGGGUACUGUGAUGGCCUAGGUUCCUGCUCAGUCACACACGGCCAGGCACGGUCCGUCGCGCACCAACCGGGCUACGUGCGCGGUGAUCUGGGAGCUGCAGGCGGCGGCCCGCGCCUCUCCGGCCAGCAGGAGUUGCUGAGGCUGGUGCGACCUCCCUACUCUUACUCCGCGCUCAUUGCCAUGGCCAUCCAGAGCGCCCCACUGCGAAAGCUGACCCUCAGCCAGAUCUAUCAGUACGUGGCCGGCAACUUCCCUUUCUACAAGCGCAGCAAGGCGGGCUGGCAGAACUCCAUCCGCCACAACCUGUCUCUCAACGACUGCUUCAAGAAGGUGCCCCGCGACGAGAACGACCCAGGUAAAGGCAAUUACUGGACACUGGACCCCAACUGCGAGAAGAUGUUUGACAACGGGAACUUCCGAAGGAAGAGGAAGCGAAGAGGGGAGGCAAGUGUGGCCUUGCCUGCAGGAGCCCGCAGCCCAGGCGGAGGGAAGACGCUGGCGUUGGAGCCCCCCGGAGCGACCUCCCCAGACCUGCAGGCCUCGCCGUCCCCGCCCGUGCCCGAGGCUGCCGCCUGCUUCUCCAGCUUUUCUUCCUCCAUGGGAGCCCUGGCCGGGGGCUUUGACACCUUCCCCAGGAGCCUGGCGCGCGACUUUUCUUUUGGAAGGCCAACGACGGUCCCCGCCCGCAGCCCUCAGACCCCGGGCUCUGCGCCAGGCUUCACCCCUGGCCAUCAGGCGGCAGCCACCAGCUUUCGGGUCAGUCACUUUGUCUACAGCCUGGAAGGGACUGAAGUUUGAAAGAGGCUGCUCAGGGUGCUGGACCGAGAGAUGCUGAGCUCAGGCCCCCGGAUUCUGCCUGGUGACAGCCCCGCGCUUGUAGGUGCCACAGCCAUUAGCGCUGCAGAAAGAGCGCAGCUGACAGCACGGCAGGGAGCUGAGCUGAGAGACAACUCCGAAGGUGGCCUUCUGUGUACCCUCCAUCCAUUCAAAUGGGGAAGGUGCUCCAACCCUAGAUCCAGCCCA